AUGAACCAGAGCCCUUUUGACCUUCCAGACGAUGACGAAGAAGGGGAGAUAGGGGAGACCACUCCAGAAGAGCCUACUCCAAUGGACGAACCACCUCUCAAGGAGAUGCCCCAGGUAGAAACGGUCAAUGACGAUGAUGACAACAUUGCGAACCAUCAGAAGGACGAACCCGAGAAAGGAUCAUCUAGUGCGGAGGAACCAUUCAUCUUCAACAAACAACAUAUGAAGACUGACAAUCCCACCGAAUCAGGACUACCUCCUGAACAGAUGAUAGAAAGAACAUUUCUCAUGCCGCCCGCAGAAGAUGGAACCCGAGUAAGAGCCAAGAUCCUUGAAAGAGUCAAAUACCACAAGGAGAAGGUUCAACAACAUCCCGACAUGAUCAAGUUCAAAUGCAGAGUCAACGACGAGUACGAGGAGAUCGUAGCCUACAACGAUAUCGUGGACUACAUUGAACAAGACCAAACUUGGGAUGGCACAUGGAAGUUCCGCAAGAUCUUGGACCAUCAAGGUCCCAUCAGAUCAUCUGACAAAGAACGAUACAAGGGUUCGCGGUACAACGUCCAAGUUGAAUGGGAAACCGGGGAGAUAACUUGGGAGCCUCUCACCACCAAAGACAAGAUGGGAGUACAUGAGUCUGAUCCAGUCACGGUCGCCAUCUAUGCUGAAGAACAUGGUCUUCAGCAUGGUCUACUAGACACAGUUGGAUAA